UGUAAUGCAUGUCCGUACUAACUUAGGAUCUCGACUAUAUAUAAAGAUAACCCGCAUAUCAUUCUUGCAUUCUUCCAAGCUAAUUAAUCUUCUGAACCAUAUAUUUAUUCUCCUAAUAUACACAAAAAAAAUUCCAUCUUAACUCCUUCGUAUAAGUCACUUAUAAACAUAUAUAUCCGAUCCAGGUCGAUCGAUCCUAACAUGGAGUAUCAAAAGAGUUCAUCAAGCUCUAAUGAUACAUACUAUACGAAUGAAAGGUGGGAAUCAAUGAUUAGGGUUAGGGACGAGGAAGAUGAGCUUCUAAACAAUGGAUUGCGAAAAGGUCCAUGGAGUCCUGAAGAGGACUCGAAGCUUUCCUCGGCCAUUGCUACCCAUGGUGUAGGCCGCUGGAACACUCUUGCUGUUUUCGCAGGGCUCAAGCGAUCAGGCAAAAGUUGUAGGUUAAGGUGGCUAAAUUAUUUACGUCCAGACCUACGUCGUGGUACUUUUACCCUCGACGAACAGCUACGCAUUCUUGAGCUUCACUUUAGUUGGGGCAACAGGUGGUCAAAGAUAGCUGAACAUCUACCAGGAAGAACAGAUAAUGAAAUAAAGAACUAUUGGAGAACCAAGGUUCAAAAGCUUGCUAGGCAGUUUCAAUGCCACGUUAAUAGCCCUCAAUUCAGAAAUGCUUUACGAAACAUUUGGAUUCCGAGGUUAGUUGAACAAAUUCAGGCUGGUGCUACUACAUCAUCAAACACUACAAAAGCCCAAAUUCACGGCCCAACUUAUGACUCUGGAAAUGGGCUUCUUGAUGGAUUCUACUGUAGCAGCAGCACUAGCUCAGAUAAUUGCUGUUUCUUUGAUACACCUUUAUCAUGGGCUCAAAACUCUUAUAUAGUUGGGCCGGAAGAACUGUGUCCAAAGCCCAAUGUCUCAACAGAUUCAAGCGAGGCCCAUAUUUCACCUGUGUCCGGUUCAUCCGUUGAAUUGGAUCAAAACUGGGAUCAGAUCAAUGACUAUUUAAGGGAGAUGACCCUAAAUGAUGAGGAUAAUAUGUUAUUUUGGGAAACCUUGCAUAAUUAAACACUUGAAAACAUCUGAUGAUCAUAAGAUACAGCAAUUUGUAAAAACAACACUUUUGUUUUUACAACUUAGUCAUAGUACUAUAUACGAAGUAUAUAGUUUAAUAUAAGAAGUAUUAAUUAGACAAGUUAGAGAGAUAAUAUAAUAAAUAAGCUAAGGGAUAAGGAUCCUUACUAGUUACCACAGCAUAAUUUGUAAUUUUACAUUAUAUUAUAAUAUAGGUACUUUGUAUGUAAGAA